AUGGGCUCCAUCCAGCCCCACGCUGCUGGCUCUGCCUUGAAGCCAAUUGGAUCCCAAGCGGAUCCCAAGCGGAACUCAACGGGAUCCCAAGAGGAUCCCAACCAGAUCCCAGCAGGGACUCAACUGGAUCCCAUCCGGAUCCUAAUCAAGACUCAACUGGAUCCCAAGCGGAUCCCAACUGAACCUCAACCAGAUCCCAACCGGAUCCAACUGGAUCCCAACCAGCACUCAGCUGGAUCCCAACCGGGAUUCAACCAGAUCCCAACCAGCACUCAGCCGCAUCCCAACUGGCUCCCAACUGGGAUUCAACCAGAUCCCAACCAGGACUCAGCCGCAUCCCAACUGGAUCCCAAUGGAUCCCAACCGGGACUCAGCCGCACCCCAACUGGAUCCCAACCGGGAUUCAACCAGAUCCCAACCAGGACUCAGCCGCAUCACAACUGGAUCCCAACCGGAUCCCAACCAGGACUCAGCCGCAUCACAACUGGAUCCCAACUGGAUCCCAGCCGGAUCCCAACCAGGACUCAGCCGCAUCCCAACUGGUUUCCAACUGGAAUUCCACCAGAUCCCAACCAGGACUCAGCCGCAUCCCAGCCGGAUCCCAACCAGGACUCAGCCGCAUCCCAACUGGAUCACAACCGGAUCCCAACCAGGACUCAUCCACAUCCCAACUGGUUUCCAACUGGAAUUCCACCAGAUCCCAACCAGGACUCAGCCGCAUCCCAACCGGAAUUCCACCGGAUCCCACCCAGAUCCCCCCAUGGCUGUGGGGAUGGACGCCGCCCCCCCUGCCCUGAACCCCCCCCCCCCACCAUUUGGCUUCGCCGGUGCCUUACCCGCGGUGACGGCGUCACUGGAUCCCAUUCCCGGUAUUCCCGGCGGUACGAGCAAUAA